AUGGCUCCAGUGGCUUCUCCUACUGAGAAUUCCCCGGUGCUGAGACCAAGCAACGCCACUCCAUCCAACAGCACGGUUCCGGAUAACCAUAUGGAAUCGAGCAUUUUAGAGGAGACAGAGGAGACAGAGGAGACAAAAGAAAACAGCCAAUCCGCGUUUUCUGAUGCACGGAAACAGCUCAAGUACAUUUUUCCUGCGAUAUCAAUCGGCCAGCUGAUCAAACUAUCAUCAUGGCCUGUUAUGGCCUUCCAUGGUACUGGCGGUGGCGGCAUGAUCAUAGUUGGUAUUAUCAAUAUCAUCUACGCGACAGGUUCCAGUGCCGGCGUGUCGUUCGGUGGAAUUCUCUCAAGCUACAUUGGCUGGCGCUGGGCUUUCUCGGCGCAGGUUCCUCUGUGUGUUAUUGCCUUCGUUGUCGUCUCGCUUCUGCUCAAGCUCCCCGCUCGUGAGAACACCAACUGGAAGACUAAGCUGCGCCGCAUCGACUUCCGUGACGCUCUGGUCCUUGUUGGCGCCGUCUUCGGCCUCUUGGUUGGUCUUGACCGUGAAAGUAAUGUUUCAUGGAAGUCACCUUUGACAACUGCUCCGUUAGGGGUCUCAGUUGUCUUGUUUGCUGUCAUCAUUGUGGUUGAGAUAUACUUUGCAGCUGAGCCAUUUGCGCCGGGCCAUAUCAUGUUCAACCGAAUAUUAUUUGCUUAUUACGCUUGCAACUUCUUCAGCUUUGGAUGUUGGCUUGCAGCAUGGUUCUACAUUGCUUCAUACUUUCAAGCUGUUGAUGAUGUCUCUACUUCAGUUGUAGGACUCCGUCUUUUGCCAGGCAUCAUAUCCAGUUCAGAUUGUUGA